AAUAUGUCAAGAUGAGUAUCUUAUAGUACAACGAUAGACAACGUGAGGAUGAGAGAGACACAGAGAGAAUAGAAAGAGAAAAGAACUAGACCGGAGACAGAGAGUGAGACCUUCUACGAUCACCUCGGAGUCUCCGACUUCUCUUUUUCUCAUCAUCCCAAGAACUUGUUUCAAUUACUGUGAUUAGCUCAUCCAGCUUUAAUCAAGUUCCUUCUUUUGGGGGAUUAAAAUGAGCUUUACCGGUCCUUCUGUUGGUUCUGGUAGUAGAACCUUUAGAAGGGCAUUUGAGUUUGGAAGGACCCAUGUGGUCAGGCCCAAAGGUAGACACCAGACCACUAUAGUCUGGCUGCACGGCCUCGGUGAUAAUGGUGCCAGCUGGUCCCAACUCUUGGAGACGCUUCCUCUUCCCAAUAUUAAGUGGAUUUGCCCAACUGCUCCUUCUCAACCAGUGUCUUUGUUUGGUGGAUUUCCUUCUACUGCUUGGUUUGACAUUAGCGACCUCUCGGAAAAUGCUCAAAAUGAUAUAGAGGGUUUGGAUGCAUCAGCAGCACAUGUUGCAAGUCUGUUAUCAACAGAGCCCACUGACAUUAAGCUUGCAGUUGGAGGCUUCAGUAUGGGUGCAGCAACAUCCCUCUACUCUGCAACUUGCUUUGCUCUUGGAAAAUAUGGGAAUGGUGACCCAUACCCGAUCAAUUUAAGUGUAGCUGUUGGACUAAGCGGCUGGCUUCCAUGCGCAAAGGACUUGAGUAGCAAGAUAGAAGGGGACAAUGAAGCUGCAAGGCGAGCUGCAUCGUCGCCUGUUCUGCUUUGUCAUGGUAGAGGUGAUGAUGUGGUUCCUUUUAAAUUUGGUGAGAAAUCCUCACAGGUCUUGAGUUCAUCUGGAUUUCGAGAUGUGACAUUCAACGCCUACAAUGGGCUUGGCCACUACACAAUUCCUGUAGAGUUGGAUGACAUAUGCUCUUGGUUAACGUCAAAGCUGGUACUCGAAGGGCAUUCGUAAAUUGGCAUAAAAGCGAGAAAUAGUAGAAGGGGUAGACAUCCAAAAAUAGUUGUAGACGUGAAAAACAUGGUACAGUGAAAUUUCACUGAUGCUUUGUUGUAUUUUGUUUAUUUUUGCUUCUCAUUCAUGUUGACUUGUUGGCAUGUACAUGGAAUGGAACAGUAAUGGUGGAGCAUAUAUUUGUUUAUGAGCUUUAUGUCCAAAUUAGCAUUGUAAUUCUUGA